AUGGUGCAGCCGGCGCUCUCCCGGGGCGCGUCCGUCGAGAUGGACGCGACCGCGCUCAACAAGGGCAACGUCAUCGUCCUCGAGGCGCUGCGGUCACAAGAGUCGUGGGUCUCGGACUCGGAGCGGAAGCGCUGCCACAUUUGCAAUAAGAACUUCAGCGCGUUUCGACGAAAGCACCACUGCCGCGUGUGUGGCGAGAUUGUCUGCAGCCCUUGCGCGCUCAAGAAGCAGCUCAUGCUCCCCAGCGUCGGCCAAACCGAAGCCCGCGUCUGUGUACAGUGUGUCAUGGGCUUUGCCAACCCACCUGGCGAGGGCUCUGGCGUCGCGCCGUCGCCGGCCACUGUCGCGUCGGCCGCGCCGCAUGGCUUUAGCAGCUCUGCCUCGGAGCACUCGCUCUCGCGCGGCCACUACCACAGCACCAGCGGCCGGACGCACUCGAUGAACUCGCCGCUCACGCCGAUCGAGCUGCCGACGACCAGCACGCCGUGCGACUACCCGCUCGAUUUUGACUGGGAGCAUGCGUGGCCCAAGCCGCCGGCCUGCGCCGACGAGGCCGACCGCCUCGAGGACCUGUACAGCUAUGACAUUCUCGACACGCCCCAAGACGACGUGUUUGAUAUCAUCUGCGACCUCGCAUCGAAAGCGCUCAACUGCUCGAUUGCUGGCGUCAGCUUUAUCGACGAGACGCGGCAGUGGUUCAAGUCGAGCGUUGGCCUGAUCCAAGAGGAGAUUCCCCGCAACGUUUCGUUCUGCGCCCACGUCGUCUACACCAAGGAGCCGAUCCUUGUGGCCGACACGUCCCUCGACAAGCGCUUUGACCGGAAUCCGCUCGUGACGGGCCGCGCUGGCAUCCGCUUCUACGCGGCGGCGCCCAUCAUCUGUCCUGGCACCGGCCGCGUCCUCGGUACAGUGUUUGUGUUUGACGUCGCCGCCCGGACGCGCGACCCGGGUGAUGUCGGGACCCUCGAGAAGCUGGCGCAGGUCGUCAUGAAGAACCUCGAAGACCGCAAGCUCGCAGCGGCGUCCAUGGAGCGUCCGUCUGGUGCGACCGACCGGUCCUCGGUGCUGACCAACAACUCGUCGGUCGCUGCGUCCGAGCAAGUGCCGUCCGAGCCUGCGCCGGUGGUUCCUGCGGCGCCUGUCACUCCUGCUGCCGACGUGCCCCCGCCGGCACCGGAAGCCGCGCUCGUGUCGACCACGGGCGAGACCGCCGUGGCUGCGUCGGCGGCCGGUGCGCCGGCCCCCAAGAUGGAGACGAUGCUCAUGGAUUUGCUGAGCCGCACGACGGUGACGCAGCAGCAGCUCGCGAGUCAGCAAGGCAAUAUGUUUGCGACCAUCAACUCGCACGGUAGUCAGAUCAACAAGUUGGCCGACGCAGUCGCCCGCAUGGAGGCCAAGCUCAUGGCCGACGAAGCCAAGAAGGCAUGA